CCCUCGCCUCCCCCCGUCCCUUCUCCUAAACCCAUCCCUUCUCCAAUCCAUUCACACGCAUACCCUCUUCUCCCAGCUGCAGAUUCGAUUAGUUUGGUUGUCUUGCUAGCUAGGUAGCUAGCUCCAUUUCUGCAGGUUCUUCAUCAGCUUAGAGGUGAAGGAAGCAGGAAAUUAAGGAAGCGUACAAGGAGCCAUGUCGGAGGUGUCGGUGAUCAACCAGGAGGAGGAGGAGCCGCGGCUGGACCUGCCACCGGGGUUCCGGUUCCACCCCACCGACGAGGAGGUGGUGUCCCACUACCUCGCCCCCAAGGCGCUCGACCGCCGCUUCUCCUGCAUCGUCAUCGCCGACGUCGACCUCAACAAGAUCGAGCCAUGGGAUCUCCCAGGCAAGGCGAAGAUGGGGGAGAAAGAGUGGUACUUCUUCUGCCACAAGGACCGCAAGUACCCGACGGGGAUGCGCACCAAUCGCGCCACGGCUAGCGGGUACUGGAAGGCGACGGGCAAGGACAAGGAGAUCUUCCGCGGCCGCGGCGUCCUCGUCGGCAUGAAGAAGACGCUCGUCUUCUACCUCGGCCGCGCCCCCCGCGGCGAGAAGUCGCCGUGGGUCAUGCACGAGUACCGCCUCGAGGGCAAGCUGCCGCCUCACCUCCCCCGCGCAGCCAAGGACGAAUGGGCCGUGUGUCGCGUGUUCAACAAAGACUUGGCGGCUAAGACUGGCCAAAUGGCGCCGGCCGCCGGCAUGGAGCGGAGCAACUCCCUCGUCUUCCUCGACGACUUCCUCGGCGCUGCCGACCUGCCGCCGCUCAUGGACUCGCCGUUCGCCGUGGACGACCUCAUCGACUUCGAGUGCGCCGCUGCAGGAACUUCCAACUCCGGCGCCGCGGCGAGCAUGAGCAGCAGCAGCGGCUACCAAGUCAAGGCGGAGCAGCAGAACCAGCCGCAGCUGCUCCAGGACCCCUACUACUUCUCCCUGCCGGCCGGCGGGUACUUGCACCAAGCCGGGGAUCAGGCGAUACGGAGGCACUGCAAGGCGGAGGCGCCGGCGCUGCUGAGCCCGUCGCGCGACGAGGGCGCGGACAUGGUGUCGAGGCAACUGUACCCGGAGCUGGACGACCUCACGGUCACGGACUACUCCAACAUGUGGAAAUUCUAGCAGAAGGCCUCGCCGGAGCAGGAGUAGCUGCUAGACAUAUGCUAUAUAGCUACUAGUUUGAUUCCGUUGCAAGCUAUUGCUGCUCGAUUAUUAGUUGAUUUAUUAACUUACAGUUGAUGAGGUUUGGGUUCAUCAGCUGAUGAGAUCCAGUCGGGUGAUGCGUGCAAGGCCUUUAGGGGAAUUGAAGACCGCGCGAGCUGAUCGAUCAGGUCUGAUCAAGCUGUCCAGACCGGCCACCAGCGUCGUCGAUGAUGGCCUCCUCUCCUGCAGGUUGAAUUAUUGGUUGGUUAAUCUUCAUUAGGGUGUAACCGCGUCUUGGUUCAUGCAUGCAUGUGUACAUAGCCAUCUCGUUGGCUGCAGAUUAGUGAUUUAACUAGUUGAGUCAUCAGACAUAUAUUAUACGUA